CCCCUCUUCUCGAAGCUGAUCUCUUGCCCCCUCCUUCUUGCCCACCUGGGAAUUCAUCCUGAGAAGAAACACCAUCACAGCUUAUGGAAUCUGAAGCUUGGUAGACAUCAUGACAGUCAAUGUAUUCUCAGUCCCCAUCUUUCUCGUGGUUUUCCGCGAGGCACUCGAGACAGUCAUCAUCGUCUCGGUGUUGAUGGCCUUCUUGAAACAAACCCUGGGCGGCCCCGAAGGCGACCAGCGUGUCUACAAGAUCCUUCGAAGACAAGUCUGGCUCGGCGUAGGCACAGGCCUCUUGCUCUGUCUAGUUGUAGCAGGCAUCAUCAUUGGCGUCUUCUACGGUGUCGGCCGCGUGAGCUGGGAAGCCAAUGAGUAUUACUAUGAGGGAUCCUUUGCCCUGUUUGCCUCGAUUAUCAUCACGCUGAUGGGUGUCGCCCUCUUGCGUGUCGGAAAGAUGCAGCAAAAGUGGCGCAUCAAGCUCGCCAAGGCUCUCGAGGCCCCGAUCAACAAGGGCGGCAACAAGGGACGCUUCAAGCGAUUUGCCGAAAAGUACAUCAUGUUUGUCCUGCCCUUCAUUACCAUUCUCCGCGAGGGCAUCGAAGCCAUCGUGUUUGUGGCUGGCGUCACCUUCUCCGCCCCUGCGUCUGCCGUUCCCAUUCCGGUCAUUGUUGGUUUGAUCGCAGGUAUCGCCGUCGGUUUCCUGCUGUACAAGAGUGGCACCUCCACCAGAAUCCAGGUCUUCCUUGUUGUCUCGACCUGCCUGUUGUACCUUGUUGCAGCAGGCCUCUUCUCUCGUGCCGUCUGGUUUUUCGAGGCGCAAAAAUGGAAUGACGCCGUAGGAGGCGAUGCGGCCGAAGUCGGCAGUGGCCCUGGCUCAUAUGAUAUCGACAAGAGUGUCUGGCACCUCAACUGCUGCAACCCCGAGCUGAACGGCGGCGGCGGCUGGGGUGUUCUGAAUGCCAUCUUCGGAUGGAACAACUCGGCUACCUAUGGCUCCGUCAUCUCAUACAAUGUAUACUGGAUCUUUGUCAUGACCUGGCUGAUCCUUCUCCGUUUCAAGGAAGUCAAGGGCAGAUGGCCAUUCAUGAAGGCAAAAGCCGUCCCUCAGCCACCUUCAUCCAGCCAUUCGGGUUCAUUGGAUUCGCCCGACAACCACGAGAAGCAGAGUCCAGAAGCCACUGUAGCUUCAAGUACAGCCCAUUAGGCGAUUCAAGUCUUGUUAUUGCAGUGUAUACUGGUUAUACGAGUCGAACGGCCUCAGGAGAAACUAUUGUCGGCUUCUCAUAUCCAUCUAGCUACAGUCAUUAACCAUGCUCGAAGAACUGAAGAGUCGUGUGGAGUUUCGACGAACCUUUUGGAUCUUUUCAGCUACAAAAUUCUCAGUACGUGGACGAGACCUCGAAACACAUGUUCAUUAAUCAUGUAUCAACUACACUACUAUAGUGUCUUGGGCAUCAUGGCUCGUGUAUCUAGCUCGCCUCCUAUUUACAAGUCGAUCUCCCUCGAGACCAGACAGAUCCCGUUUAUACAAUUAGGCGGCCUGGUGUCAUGCUCUUUCAUACAUGCAUUCAAUGGAUGAAGAAGCUCAUUUCAUCCACAUAUGCGCCCGUGAUGAUGGUUUAGCACACUGUGCGUGGCAGUCCAUCACAUAAAGGCGUCCCUGCUGCCCCCUUUCCUAUGCGGCGGAGUUCUGUGUGGUGGAGGUUGCGGCGGUGAUGGGCUCCUCUCGCUGCCACCACGUGAUGUGUUGUACCGUGUCCGCUGUGCUUCAUACUCAGCCUCUUGUGCCACUUGAUCCUCUCGUGCCCUACUCGGUGGCGAUCCUGUGAUGCCUCGACCGUAUUUAGAUGCCUGGGCGGAAGAUAGAUCGCC